GCACACAAGCGCAUGCUUCUGCCCACUGCCACACAGAAUUGCGUUGGCAUCUGGGAGGGCAGCCCCAUCUCCAGUCCAGUCCUGGGUGUUGAAGUGGAUCGAACCCUGUUUACUGCAGUGCAACUUACCUCCAAGACUGAAACGCUCUUGCUCUCCAGACUUCCUCUGGAAUACACCUAAAUCUCAGGGCCAUCACUCACUCACCACUGACCUACAUCAGUUAAGGACCAGUGGGAUCAGCCUUCAGUCCGGAGGAGCAAGACCUUUAAUUCAUUUCAGGACAUCUGACCUAAAACAAGCAGAGCUCCCACCCCAGACGGAUGAUUUAGUUGUGGACGUUUUGCAGUACUGUAGACUUUAAAAUCAACCAGAAGGACUAAACGUGAGCCAUCUGCAACAGACAGAUUCCGAUCUUGAAGACAAACCCAUCUAAUUCAGACAUGGCAACCACGGGCAUGCAGUUGCUGGGACUGAUUAUGUCCCUCAUAGGCUGGGUUGCUGGGGCGGUAGUCAUCGCCCUCCCCCUGUGGAGGGUCACUGCCUUCAUCGGUAACAACAUAGUGACGGCUCAGAUCAUUUGGGAAGGCCUGUGGAUGAAUUGCAUCGUGCAGAGUACAGGUCAGAUCCAGUGUAAGGUGUACGACAGCUUGUUGGCCCUGCCCAGUGACAUGCAGGCUGCCCGCGGCCUCACUGUCUUCUCCGUGCUGCUCUGUGGUCUGGCCCUGGCGCUGGGGGUCCUGGGCGUCAAGUGCACGAAGUGCGUCGGUGUCAACAGCCUCAAGGCCCGAAUUGCUCGCAUCUCUGGAGUCCUAUUCGCCAUCGCGGGGUUCCUCUACCUUGUGCCUGUCUGCUGGACCGCUCACUCCAUCAUCAGGGAUUUCUAUGAUCCACAUGUGGCAGCUCCACACAAGCGUGAGCUUGGCCCUGCUCUUUAUAUUGGCUGGGGUGCUUCAGCCUUGCUCCUGGUUGGGGGAUCUCUGCUCUACGCUGGGUCCAGUCCCCCUGGCAUCCCAGGUUCACCCACUUUCAGCAGUGGAGAGAGUAGUCCUCGCAGGGCUCCUGCCUCACAAGUCAAGGGUUAUGUCUAAGCCCCGAAAAGGUCUGAUUGCCCUCAAAUCUCACCCAAAAAUUCACCCCCAAACAAUGACAAACCUGUUUUGUCCUCACGAUUGGUUCUCAUUGUAAUGUUUUUAUAUGUGAUGUUACUGUAUUUGGUUUUGUUUUUGUUUUCUUUGAAUAUCCACUGAAGACUGCCUAGAGAGAUUCAGUUAUUCUAUUAUUUCAUGCCUGAUUUCCUCAAAUAACAUCUUUCUCUGUUUGUCAGUGUAAAUUACAAUAAAAAAGAUCCCAUUGUUGAAAACUCGUCACGAAGGAAUGUCUCUGUGUCCACAUUUUUACAGUCACACUGGUAGAAAAGCCACUCAAACCCAUAUGUGUCAGUGAGGAGCAGCAUGUCGACUAUAUAAAGGCAAAUCAUUGUUUUUUUCCCCUCGUUUAUGUAAAUGCUAAUAUGUGUUCUGCUAAGAAGAACAAUAGAACAAUAGGGGUGUGUGUACAUUUGCCUCAUUCUCGCUCUCUCUCUUCUCUGUAUGUGUCCCUCGUUAACCCUGUCUGUAACUUGGACCUAAUAUACAGUGUAUUUGUAGCAUUAAAAUCCUGGUAAUUAAAA